AUGUCGGGGAAAAAUGGAGGGAGAACAACCAAGUCAAAUAUUCAGUAUGUUGCGAAGGUUAGAUACUCGAAUAACUUACCACCGCCAUCAUGUCCACCAAAACUCUUAAAGGAGGAUUCUACUGACGAAGACGGGAAUGAUUUGAAUACUUUGGUAUCUUCAUUUUUCAGAAAGGAGAAUUUUAGAAACUUGAUUAGGUUGAACGACGACCUAGGUAUGCCUAUAAACCUGGUUAGUUUACCUGAUAGAGAAACAAUGUACGGAUUGAAGAAUAACGGUGUCAACUUAGAGCUGCAUCCAAUGGACCAACUGAUCCUAUCAGAUCCUAACAGAACUAUCAAAACACAGUCUCAGAGUGUUGGAUUUUUGAGAAGAACCCAAUACAUCUCUUCUGACAUUCAGGGUCUUCCUAACAAAGUAUCUGCUCCUCUUAAAGUCAAGAAGGAAGAUGAUUUAGAUCCAAGGACACAGUUGAAACAGGUUGAGGAAACGUUCAAUCAAUCUGAUGAUAUCUCAACGAUUAAGCAUCCAACUAAGAAGAACCUAAAGGCCAAGAGGGUAUGGAACUUCUUGCCAGACACUUCAAUGCUGGACCAAACUUAUUACGAUGUCAAGUUUAUGAGCAGUGCCUCUAUUUCGAAGAACAAACACGACAAAUCUAAAGAUGCCAUUAAGUCAAUAAGGGAUCCUAGACUGCUUACGUCGAUAAUGAGAGAAAUCGACGUGAAUAAGAAUACCAAACUGAUGUCAUUUUAUUUGACAGAUGAGGAAUCUUCCAAGAUUGUCAAGGAGAAAAUUGAAGAUGAGACAGAGAAUGCACCAAUUGACGAUAAUGAGCUAGAGGAAGUUUUGAAGGACGAGUCCAAGAAACUAGUCUACAGAAAACAAAGAGAAUAUGAUGGACAAGUCAAGCCGCUUGAAGAAUUACGUCAAUUGGCAAUUACAUUUGAUGAAAAAACAAAGCAAGCGUACUAUAUUCCAAUAUCAGGUAAAAUUGAAUUGAAAAAGUGCAGAAUCGAUCCUGUAUUAUUACCUACGAUCAAAGAGCUUUCCUAUGACCAAAUCAAUAUGUAUAUUAGAGAACCUACUAAUUCUGAAAUUGAACGUAGGGACGCCCUAAGGAGUGAGUUUGAUCCAAUGGAGUUUGGUACUGAUGAGUAA